AUGUUACAUGGCGAUGGAGUGGAGGAUGAGCUAUGGCCGGCGAAGUACCUCAAGGAGCCAGACUUGAAAGCACGACGAGAUCCUACUACCGGCCGCACAGCACUGGUCAUCUUAAAUUCGCCCAUUCCCGAUUACGACUACUUCUACCGACUAUACAACCAUGCAUCUUUUUGCCUUUGCGCGGAUGGCGGCGCAGACCGCUUGUACUCCCUCCUCACCAACCACAAGUCUGGACUGGACGAGAUAGCAGCGCUAAAGCAGGCACUUCCAGAUAUCAUUCAUGGCGACUUGGACUCAUUGAGCGAUGGAACACGAAGCGUGUACGAGAGUCUCGCGGUUGAGGUCUCCCAGGAUCCAGAUCAGUACAGCACCGACUUCGGCAAGGCGAUGAACAAAGUGAUUGAACGACUUCCCGGCAUCGAAUCCAUGCUCGUGUUGGGCAGCAUCGGCGGACGUGUUGACCAAGGUGUCGGGCUGUUAGGCGAGCUGUACCGAGAGCAGACAGUCCGACAUCCUGGUAUACGGUUCUGGCUGUUCUCGGAGGCCAGUUCGGGCCUGCUCCAGCGUAACAUUGGGAUCUUACCGCUUUACGGUCCGGCAGUGAUCACCACAGAAGGACUUGAGUGGGACGUACAAGAUUGGUCGACCGAGAUGGGCGGCCAAAUGAGUACGAGCAACCAUAUUGUCGCAGACGAAAUUGGUAUUUUCACCGACAACGAGGUCCUGUUCACCGUAGAACGAGCGACAGGCCGGUGA